ACGAUCUCCUGCAAGACAUCCACAGUAUUCCAAAAUCGUCAGGAGAAAAAUCUCAGAACAUGAGACUUUUAUUUCUACUGGGGCUAGUUGUGUCCCAGUACCAGGUGCAUUGUCAAAUAACAAUUGCAAUUGAGCUCAUCAGUUUUGCCUGGUCUGCAUUGGAAAAAAUAAACACCGCUCAUGACGCAUAUAGUAAAUUAACAACUCCUUCAACCGCUGAUAUAAUGAAGAAAACUAAUGAAAUUGCGGAGUCUAUUGACAAGUUGGGAAACAGACUAGAGGAAAAAAUACAACAAUCAAUGGACACCCUCUUAACUCGCAUACCACUCUUGGGUCAGAUUAGUGCUGAUGUGCAGCUGUUAAACAGUCACAUCUCAAGAAUUGAUCAAUUGUAUGGAGAUAUGGAGCAUUAUUUGCGAGCUCCGACAGACUUCAGUGAAAGUGCUCUCAACAAUCUAAUAAAGAGUUACACUUCGAACGAUGGUGAUGAUGUGGAAGGGAAACUUGGUCUGAUUUAUGGGCUACUCAUUCCAAAAGGAUUGGCACUAUUUAAAAGAAGCUUGUUUCUUCUUUUAGCUCAAGAAACACAGGAAUAUGGUCUUGAGACAUGUGGUACAGGAGCACCACCUCAACAACGUCUUGUCGAACUUUUUGAUAUUGUUAUCACAACAGAAAUGAGGGGCUUUGCCAUGCAAGGUUUCGGUGCUCUGAUGAAAGGUUAUGAAGAUGGCAAGAAUUACACUGGCGAUGUGAAAAGGGCUCAACAGAAAUUAGUGAAGAGAGCUGAAGAAUACGUACUACUGCUCGCACAAACUAUGUCUCUUGCGGCCAGACAAUUUCGAGCAUGCGAUCCACCCAAAGGCCAUGUGCGAGACAGUACUUUCUAUGAAUUUGAAAAAUUCCUGCAAGCUUUCAUAGUCCAAGAGAAUGCCCUUAGGGUCGAUCAUCGCUGCCCGGACGAUUGCAAGAAGUAUGUAGAGCCAGGUCGCGUAUAUUACGGAUGUAGAGGAUAUGAAUGUACCCGUUCCCCUACUACAUGCUAUGGUCGGGUAGCGUACUGUAAAAGGAUGGGUACAUCUGCACGUGCGUGUGAAUAUGACGGCUCAUUACCAAGACGAUAUGAAUGGUUUAAAGACGCAGCGGGUGAUCUAUACGGAGAUGAUUCAAGGGGAUGUCCAGCGCCAGGAUCGAAAACGUAUGGAUUCAAAGUUACAUCGUCCAGUAAUGAGCUCUGUGAAAUUUGCAGAUGUAUUUGUGGAGAAGAUGCAGUAGAGUCCAGGUCUAAACAUUUUGUCAGCCUGCGACCGCAACUAACAAAUGUGGAAGACAACAUGGUGGUCAUUGGGCUGGCAUUCUUGAUGAAAAAAGACAUAGCUCAUGUUCAAAUAAUGCAAGGUCAGAUGUCUACAGAAGCAACUAUACUUGAAAAUAGUACCGUUUGGAUGGAGCCUGAAGACAUUGAAUACGACCGGGAGCCAAGCGAAGCAGAUUACACAUUUAAGUUCAUCAAGAGAACUGAGGACGGUGAAAUUGAGCAAUUGGUAAACGAUAAGGAUGUUGCUCCUUUAUCAUGGGAGCAAAGAAGAUUCUAUUUAGAUAGACUCACAUUACCACCAAAUUAUGUUAUGACCGGGAUAAAAUUUGGAACAGUCGAUUCUAAUGCACGUUCCUUACAAUUGGAAUUACAUGCAACACAGUUCGAUGAUGAGACAGGAAAGUUAGACCCUACCACUGGUAUGUGGAUUACACCUGACGACAUGCCCUAUACGCAGACACCGCAAUUGAGGCAAGAGCACACUUAUGUGGGAUUCGAAAAUCCGGUCAAAUCUCAGCAGACUAAAAUAGAUUCGAAGCCAUAUUAUUACAUAGACAUGGAUUGGACAAAUUAUCCAAAAGAUGCAGGACAAACGACGAUACCAUUGCUAGAUGCUAUUCCGGUGUACUCCACGCCAUUUACUCCUCUGUCAGGAGUUGGAUUAUACCACAAGAGAGAAGCUGGAUAUGGCGGAUUCCUAACUUUGGUACUGGAAGGAGUCGAUAAAAGUCGCUAUGUGCAAUCAAAGGUUUGAAAUAUCCUUGGACGUACACCAAUGAGGGUAGAAUACCAAUCUUAGGUCGAUUUAUGUCAUCUGUCUGUCAAUGAAAUUUAUGACUGAAUUUCAAUUAUGAUUUUAAGAAAAAUUUGGCCAUAAUAUGUAUCCUGUCACUUGUAGGAUAUUGUCUUGAAAAUUUAAUAUCUAAUAAAGAUGAUUAUCGCAGCAA